CUUCCCACAACAAUAUUCACGUGUGUUGGUCUGGCGAGUGAAUGAUACCUCCAGAUCCUCCAGACAGUGGUGUAACGAUGGCGCUAAUUCGAUCAAGAAUACCAUUUCUGAUCAUUAGAUCUACCGCUUCGUCUAUAGGCUGCAAGCAUAGAAUGAACAGAAGAUCAUUUUGCCAAAAAACAGAUCCCAAGAACUUGCUUUUGAACCAGAUAAAACAAACAAUCCACAUCAAUGGUCCAAUUAGUGUUGCAGAUUACAUGCAAACUGUCUUGACCAGUCCUCUUUCUGGAUAUUACAUGAAGAAAGAUGUAUUUGGAGUACAAGGUGAUUUUAUUACAUCACCCGAAAUAAGUCAAAUGUUUAGCGAGUUGAUAGGAAUAUGGAUUGUUCAUGAAUGGCUGAUAUCUGGAAAACCAAAGACUUUACAGGUUGUUGAACUGGGACCAGGCAGAGGAACGUUAUCAGACGAUAUUUUAAGGGUAUUUGCAAAGUUCCAAGGAAUUCACGAUGCAGUGUCACUUCAUUUGGUCGAGGUUAGCCCAAAAUUGAGUCAAAUGCAGGAAGAAAAACUAACAGGAGACACAAAACAAAAUCCAUCUACAAACAACAAGGACAAUGAGCAUGCAGUGCUGUCUGGUAGUUAUAAAACAGCGUUGAGCAAAACUGGCAUUCCUAUUACAUGGCAUACAAGCAUCUCGGACAUUCCAAAAGGAGUACCGACAUGCUUUAUAGCCAACGAAUUCUUUGAUGCGUUACCGAUACACAAAAUACAGAAAACUACGAAGGGUUGGCGCGAAAUCUUGAUUGAUGUUGCAAACGAUUCAUCUGAUCAGCUACGGUUUGUACUGUCUCCCACGGAAACGCCGGCAUCACAGUUAUUUAUUGAGGUAUGAUGAAAAAAGGAUCAUGUGGAGGUUUGCACGAUGGGAGGAGUGAUAGUAGAAGAAAUAGUCAAAAGAAUCGACCAUAGUGGCGGUAAUGCUCUCAUUGUUGAUUAUGGUCAUAAUGGAAACAAAACGGAUACUUUCAGAGCCUUCAAAGAACAUGAACUACAUGACGUGUUGAAGGAGCCUGGUAGCGCUGAUCUAACUGCUGAUGUGGAUUUUUCAUAUUUACGAAAAACUAUCGGUGACACAGCCCUCUGUUACGGACCUAUCACACAGGAGAAGUUUUUGCUAAAUAUGGGCAUUGAAGUCAGAUUAGAGGCCUUAAUGAAAAAAGCCACCAAAACUCAACAAAAGAAUUUGAUGUCUGGAUAUAAAAUGUUGGUUGAUCCGAAGAGCAUGGGCGAGAGAUUCAAAUUCUUCUCGAUAUUACCGAAGCCAAAGAACGGCGAAACUACAAGGCUACCGACUGGAUUCUUUGAAACAGAGCAAAAAUAAAGCAGCAGUUAUCACUAAUGAUAGAAUUAUCUUUAUUUUAUCACC